AUGCCUACAGUGAAGCGACUCAAGGGCAGCGGCGCUGCCAAGGCGCAAAAGCAGAACGAACCAAAGGAAAAAGUCAACGAUGGACGGCCAACCCCGGCCGAAGUUGAGGAGGAGGAGCAUCAGUUCGUCCAACUGGCGCGAAAGCAUUGGUUGAAAGCUGGCAAGAAGCCAGCGAAGCCCAAGGUGAAGAACGACGUUCUCAAACAAAGUAUCUGGGAUGUACUUGAACGCGAGGGCUUCCAGUAUAAGUCUCUUUUGCUUCUUGAGAGCCUGCAGACUUUAGAGAGUUAUCUAUGGCCAGGAUACACAGAGGAGGCCUCUAACUUUCACGUUCUGUUGAUUGCGCUCAUCGCAAACGUGAAACAUCGAGAGCAUCUCGCGACAUGGACACUCUUCGAGGACCGGCCCGCCGAUUUCUCUUCACUUUUCCGCCGACUCUUGUCGAUGAUGCUCGAUCGAACACUAUCCGUUACGCUCCGGACUCAACUUCUCUGCUUCCUUAUAUAUGCUUUCCAGAGUCUCGACUGCACUCUCGUCCGCAAAGAAUGUGCCCCUCUUGUAUCGAUCGGUAUUUGGCACAACUUGUCCACCGACUCAUCGCGCGAAGCUAGCCUAGAUCAACUCCCUCAUCUACGAAAAGCCUGGAAGGCCGCGCACAAGCGAUACGAGGCCGCUGAUGAGCCCAAUAAGGCACGACUACGGUUCGAGCGAUCUUGGCUUUAUACACUUCUCCUCGACUUUUUGAGUCUGCUGUAUACAGAGAUCAGAAAGGCGGACCAAAUUCUCUACUGUGAGCGUUUCACUGAGUUUCUUGUCGAUCUCCAGGGCCAGCUUCCAACCAGACGAUAUGUCAAUACCUUGAUUCAGGAUCUUCAUGUUGUUCCCGCUAUGCGAUUAUCACCAAUGUUUAAUGAUGAGGAAAACACUCUACUCCGCGACCUCCAGGCUUUGCUUUCCCACUUUACAUUCUUUGAUAUUAAUGACCAGACAGGGGCCCAGUAUACCAUGACAGAGGCUUACGACAAACAUUGCGCGUCACUCGCCAAGUUGCAACAGGUUGCUCUAAAACAUUUCAGAGAGAAGCUUAUGGUCCUGGCUCUGUCGAACUAUGGUUCCAUUAACCAAAGGCAUGAACUGCAGGCAUUACUGGAACCGUUGACAGACGAAGAACUUCUGAGCCUAGUAUCUCUGCUUGGUUUCCGGAUAGCCUACCCUGAAAGCUUGGGUCUACCAAUGGAUCGCAAGUUGUUGCUGGAAGUGCUCUUGUCUAAUUUUGAGCGGAGAAAGACGUUCCAAGAGGAGGCACGAGACAUGAGCCUGGCACCAACCGAGGAGACAAUAUUCGAUAACAGCUUCCAGCAGGCAGAAACUUAUGAUGGCUCACAUCCGAUGGCUCUUCCUAAACUGAACCUCCAAUAUCUCUCAAUAGGUGACUUUCUGUGGCGGUCACUUAUCUUGUAUCGGUGCGAGUCCUUUUAUGGAGUCCGAAAGGAUAUCGAGACUGCUUUGAGGCGUUUACGCCCAGAGGCCAAGGGAUCAGAUGAAACAAACUUUGCCGGUUUCUCAAAGAUGGCGAUGCCGAUCUCAAAGCCAGCCAUACUUGAGAUUGUCCCUCCUCUUGUUGGAGAUGACAAACCAUCCACGGUACGCGCUGAAGUAUCUCUUGACGUUAGACGUCUAGGUGAAGGAGUCCGAAGAGAGUGGGAUUCUCUCCGACAGGACGAUGUUGUUUUCCUCAUUGCAGUCGAGCCACCACUAGCAAAGUCCAUCAGCAACGGAGGAGAUAAUUCGUCAGAGUCUGAACGACUAGGUGUGAUAACUGUACGAACCGCCGCAAUCCAUCAAAUCACCGACGAUAAAGGGCGCCAUGUUCGAGAGGGCGCAGGAAAACUUGACACCAAGCGCCGCAUCCAACUCAAGCUGGACACACAUGCUUAUAGCAGAGACGCUGAGCGGGCGGCGGCUGGCAAGCCUGAUGUUUAUGGCAAAGUCAACCUUCUGCUGAGAAGAGGAAGAAGGGAAAACAACUUCAAGCCCGUGUUGGAAUCCAUUCGAAGCCUGGUGCUGUCAGAUAUUCCUCUGCCGGAAUGGCUUCAUGAGGUCUUUCUCGGCUAUGGGGAUCCUGCUGGAGCGCAUUACAAGAACUUGCCAAACCGCGAACGCAAGGUCGACUUUAGGGAUACUUUUCUCGACUGGCAGCAUCUAGCAGAAAGUCUCCCUGGUAAGAUCAUUGACCCAGGUGACGACGUCUCUGGUAGCUUUGGACCGCCCUACGUACUAGAGUCUGUCGAGAAGCAAGAGGAGCCUCAAGGCAACAAGCCUUCCAAAAAAAGACGCCGAGAUGCCGAUCCCGCACUUAUCGCCGAGAUUGAGACUCUGAGGGUAUCGAGUUAUAAGCCCCCCAACAACGGCCCUUAUAUCGUUGAUAACCCUAAGCUCAACUCGGUACGGUUCACUCCCGCUCAGAUUGAAGCUAUUGCUUCCGGCACCCAACCUGGACUCACUGUCAUUGUUGGACCUCCCGGUACAGGAAAGACGGAUGUUGCUACACAGGUUAUCAACAACAUUUAUCACAAUUAUCCCGAGCAGAAAACGCUUCUUCUUGCUCAUAGCAACCAAGCACUCAACCAGCUGUUUGCCAAGAUCGUGGCCCUCGAUAUCGACGAGCGACACUUAUUGCGGCUCGGACACGGCGAAGAGGAUCUAGAUACGGAAGGAAACUUCAGCAAGCAUGGUCGAGUCGAGUCAUUCCUCGAAAACCGAGACCGCUAUCUUCUGGAAGUGAGGAAACUAGCAACUAGCCUUGGCGCCCCUGGAGCUCAUGAGAACUCGGCUGAGACAGCAGGUUAUUUCAAUAAUGUCUACGUCGCUCCAGCAUGGAACAGGUUCAAGCAAAUCGCUUACGCCGAGGAAUCAACAGCUGCUGAGAUUGUGGCAGCCUUCCCCUUUCUUUCGUACUUUUCAGAUGCCCCGCAACCUAUCUUCCACCCAGAGAGCAGCAAAGAGCAAGUGCUUGAAGCUGUGGAAGGUUGCUACCGGCAUAUUUCCAAGAUUUUCUCUGAGCUGGCUGAUGCACUUCCGUUUGAGAUCCUCCGACGAGAUCGUGACAAGGCAAACUACCUGCUCACCAGCGAGGCGCGCAUUGUUGCCAUGACGACAACACAUGCAGCUAUCAGAAGAGGAGAGAUCGCAUCACUUGGUUUCCAUUACGACAACGUAGUUAUGGAGGAGGCUGCUCAAGUGACCGAGAUCGAGACCUUUUUGCCACUCACGAUGCAGAAGCCUCGAAAUGGUGAACUGCCUCUGCAAAGGGUUGUUUUGUGCGGAGACCAUUUCCAGAAUUCACCAGUCAUUCAAAGUCUGGCAUUCCGUCAUUACGCCAAUCUUGAGCAGUCACUAUUCUCAAGACUGGUCAGACUGGGCGUUCCUACGGUCACCCUCGACCAGCAGGGCCGUGCUCGUGGUUCGAUCGCAAAUCUUUACCAGUGGCGCUACCCCAAGCUUGGCAACCUUCCCGAGGUGCAGACAAGUGCUGAGUUUGUCAAGGCCAAUGCUGGAUUCAAGUUCGACUAUCAGUUUAUCAACGUGCCUGACUACAAGGGUCGGGGUGAGGCUGAACCCACGCCACACUUUAUCCAGAACCUCGGGGAGGCCGAGUACGCAGUAGCCAUCUUCCAGUACAUGCGCCUCCUGGGUUACCCUACUGAGAAGAUCACUAUUCUUACAACUUACGCUGGUCAACGGGCCCUGGUAAAGGAUGUCCUCUCGCAUAGAUGCGCCCGAAACCCCAUCUUCGGCAUACCCAAGGCGGUAGCUACUGUCGAUAAGUACCAGGGCGAGCAGAACGAUUAUAUCAUUCUGUCUCUUACCCGAACGUCACGUGUGGGCUAUUUACGUGACGUGCGACGCAUGACAGUAGCUCUAUCUCGAGCAAGACUUGGCCUGUACAUUCUCGGUCGCCGCGAGGUUUUUGAAGCAUGCCCUGAGCUUCGACCCGCCUUUGACAUAUUACUUCAAAGGCCAGAUAAGCUAAUGCUGGUAACGGGAGAGCUCUGGCCUACGCAGAGAGAGGUCGCUCAGGAGCUAGGAGCUGUGGAGGGUGAAGUACCAAUGGAAGGCGUAGAGCACCUGGGUCAAUAUGUCUUUGAGAUGACCAACACAAAGAUCAAGCAGCUUGAGGCAGAACAGGGAGGACUGCCUGAGACAAUCAUGGAAGAGCUUGAAGACGAAGAAGGGGGGUAUGGCAACAACGAAGACGAGGAAGAUGACGAAGAAGAGGAGGUCGAGGCAGACAUCUUGGAAGUUCGGGAAGGAGAGUAG